UGAAUAGUCUAGCUUCUGUUAAACAGCCAACUGAAGAAACCAAUCCUUCAACCUCAAAUCCUGACGAGUUUCCGAAGAUGGAUUCUAUCGAGCCCGAAGAAUCUACUAAUAACUUAAAUGAUAUAAAUUUUGUAUGCCCGACAUGUAAAGAGUCAAAAGCUAGUUUAAAUCGCUUACAAGGAACUUUUAGAAAAGCCAAAACAAGGAAUGCCCAAAUGAAACUGGAAGUUCGUGCUCUAAGACGUCAAAACAGACGACUUCAACAGGAUAUUCGAGUAUGCACCGAGUUAGAAGACGAAUGCUCCAAGGAAGACGCUCAAUCUGAGAGCGAGAGCGAACUAGAAGAACUAGGACACAGUUCAGAAGAUGAAGGGAGUUACUGUGAUAAUGAAGAUCCAGAAGAUCCAGAUUGGGAUGUGUUGGAAAAUGAAGCAGCAGAAAAUGAAUCAUCGGCAUGGAAUGAUGAGGACCAAAAUCCCAGUUCCCGAAACAACAUAAGGUAG